UUUAAUUUUAUUGCUUAAGUGGAUGCCAUUAAGUUAUUGGAAAAAGAAUUUUCUUAUGUACGAUACAAUUGUUCCCUAUCUUGAAAAUUAUAUUUUAAUCUAUAGGUGUCAAAUAAGUGAAUGAUUCGUAGUUAUUUUCAGUAAUAUCAAGUAUCGUGUUCAAUUGCAUUUGUCAGAUUAAUUUUUACAGUUUUAGAAAGAAAAAUAUACAUAGAUUUAGACCACAUAGAUUCACUUAAAGACAUUUACUUCAUAUUGGUCGUACAAGUUGCAACGUUGCUGUCAUGGAUAGUAAGAAAAAUUCACAUUGAAGAUUAAAAUUAAAAAAAAAACUUAUCUUGCUUUGAAUAUUGUAACAUUAAUGUUAUAUUAAUCAUUUAUAUAUAUAUUUGGAACAAUUUAAUGAUAAAUAAUAUUUUAAAUUUAUCUUCAGGACUUUCAGUAUUUCAGAAAACUAAAAAACAACAUAAUGAAAUAUAUGAUAUUCCUUAUUAUAAAAUGAUGGAGAAAUACAUACGAUUUUUAGGACAAGAUCCACGUCAAAAAAACGAAUUUAGAAAUAUUAUCGUAUUUACAUUGGUAAUUGGUAUCGCAAGUAUUCUCAUUCCAACGACGUUUGAAUUAUAUAUAUCGUUACGUAACAAGGAUAUGGACGGUGUGAUUGAAUGUAUGCCGCAUUUUAUCGCAUCUUCGAUUAGUGCCGUUAAAUUAUUAAAUUUACAUUUCAACAGACAAAAUUAUAACAUAUUGCUUCAUUUUGUGACAAAAAAAUGGCAACAACUAAAAUCAACAUAUGAAUUGAAUGCUCUUGAUAAAACAAUCAUGCAAGGCAAAAAAAUGGCACAAUUGUAUCGAAAUACAUUAUUUUCUUUUCUAAUUUUGUUCUUGCUGGUCCCAUUAGUUUCUCCUAUUCUGGACAUUGUUCAUCCAUUAAAUCAAACCCGAUCUCGACAACAACUACUUAGAGUUAAUUACAUCAUUUUCGAUAUUGAUGAUUACUUUUUUUACAUAUACUUACAGUUAGCUUGGGGAUCAAUUAUUGUCGUACUGACUAUAAUCGCUGCUGAUUGGUUCUACAUUCUUAUAAUUCACUUUAACAGCGGGUUGUUUGCGGUGUGUGGAGUUCAAGUAGAAGCAACAAUGAAUUCGAAUUUAGUUUCUAAAGAUGCGUUUUCUGAGAAUUCGUCGUAUGAAAAAUUUAGAACUUGUGUAAUCAUGCAUAACGAAGUUAUAGAGUUUUAUAAUAUUUUGAAUGAAAACUGUCAGUAUAGUUACUUAAUUCAGGUUGGAUUAAAUAUGCUGGGUAUGAGUACGACAGCCGUUCAAACAGUUAUAAAUUUAGAUAGACCGGAUGUAGCAAUUAGAAGUGCUGUAUUUUUUGGAGCUAAUCAAUUUCAUUUAUUUUUGCUCAGUCUACCUGGACAAAUACUUUUGGAUCAUUGUGCUGAUUUUGCAAAUGCUAUAUAUGAUUCCACGUGGUACGGAACAUCAUUGGAAAUUCAAAAAAUGCUUUAUAUGAUGCAAAUAAGAAGUAAAAAAUUAUGUGCAUUAACUGCAGGUGGAUUAUAUGAUAUGAAUAUCGAAAACUUCGGAAUAACUUUUAAAACGUGUAUGUCAUACUUCACGAUGAUAAUGUCGUUGAAAUAAUGAUUCUACGAUGUUUAUAGAAAAUAUACAACUAAAUCUAUUAUAUUCUCUGUUCAAAUUAACUGAGGAUACGAAUAGUAGUAGAAAUAAUUAAUAUGUACAUUAUUAAUAUUAAAUAUAU